UCUCGGAGCAGUCACGCCUAGACUCGUUCGAAAAGCGAAACCGAAUUCAUUCCAUGGCGAAGUACGAAGACUGAUGCUCUUGUCGUGAACUCCUUUUGCAAACGGGCUAUGUUGCUUAUUUAACCGGAUAUUGUUAUACGAAAAGACCUUUAGGAUUAAGUGAUCGAAAUUAAUAAAGUGGUGAUAAGUGUACGACUAUGAAAUAACAGUGCUACCGAGUAAUAUUGUGAAGUGGUGCAACAGUGUUACAAAAAGUUCAAAAAGCCAUUUUACCCCGGAUUUCAAAGGAUUGUCCACAACAUAAUUGCAUUUUAAAUCACGGUGACCGCUAGAACGGACUGCAAGGUUUCCGCAUUAUGAAAGUGCGAUUCCAUACAUGCGUAAUAUAAACAAACACGAGUAGAAAUUUCGAAGCCCGUCCUAACUAAUUUCGCCAUGGCUGUUCUAUGGGCGGGUGGGUGCCUCCGCGGACGACGGCGGUAGGCCACAUGCGUCCGCGCCAUGUGGCGCGUGCUGCUGACCCUCGGGGCCGCGUGCGUCGCCGCGCGCGCCUCGCAGGACGUGGUGCGCAUCUUCUCCGAUCCGGUCAAAGCGCCAUCCUCUCUCUUCAAUCACCUGGUGGUGGACCGCAACACGGGUCGCGUGUACGUGGGCGCCGUCAACAGGAUCUACCAGCUGUCGCCCGACCUCGAGGUGGCCCAGCAGAUCGUCACCGGCCCGGUCAACGAUUCCGCCCAGUGCACCUUCGACUGCCCGCCUAGUUUCGUCAAGAAGCCGACGGACAAUGUGAACAAGGCGCUGGUCAUCGACUACGCGACCAGUCGCCUCAUAACGUGCGGCUCGGUGCUGCAAGGACUGUGCUCCGUGCGGAACCUGAACAAUAUAUCCCACGAUGUCCGGGAAGUGCGCGAACCGGUCGUGGCCAACAACGCCAGCGCGUCCACGGUCGCCUUCAUAGCGCCGGGACCGCCGAACCCGCCGAUGACGCAAGUGAUGUACGUAGGAGUGACUUUUACUGGGAAUUCGCCGUAUCGUUCCGAAGUGCCGACCGUCAGCAGCAGAUCCCUGGAGGACGACAGGCUCUUCGUGAUAGCUCGAACGGCGGUGACCACCGGGACUCGAAUGUUCGUCAAUUCGUUGUCGCGAGAACGUUAUCCUAUAGAUUACGUGUACGGUUUCAGCUCCGAUGGAUUUAGCUAUUUUCUAACGACUCAGCUGCGCGGCGUCGGCUCCGACACAUACUACAGCAAGCUGGUUCGUGUGUGUCACGACGAUGAGAAUUACUACUCGUACACCGAGAUACCCAUGUCGUGCGUGGGCGAGGGUGGAGGAAAUUACGGCUACAACCUAGUGCAGGCCGCAUUCGUCGGGAAGGCCGGAUCAGUGCUCGCCGGCGAACUGGGAAUAACCGCCCAACACGAUGUACUCUUUGCAGCUUUCAGUCAGAGCAAAGCCAUCAACACAAAUAUUCCAUCUAACCAUUCGGCCAUUUGCGUCUACUCCCUAAAAGCGAUACGUCGUAAGUUCAUGCAAAACAUUAAGACCUGCUUCAGCGGAAACGGCUCGCGUGGCCUAGAUUUCAUCUCGCCGUCGCACGCUUGUAUCGGAACGAAGUUGCAAACUAUAAGCGAAGAUUUUUGCGGACUAGAUGUGAACACUCCGCUAGGAGGCGAGCAACCAGUGGAAGCGGUACCCGUGGCUACCUUCCCGAAGAGGCUGACCGCCGUAGCGGCCACUGCGACCGGCGACUACACCGUUGUAUUUGCGGGGACGGCCGACGGUCAUCUCAAGAAGAUCGUCGUAGAGAGCGCCACGUCCGCCUUCGAGUACGGAGACAUCGUCGUCGACGACGGAUCUCCUGUCAAUAAAGAUUUAUUCUUUGAUACUCAAUUGAUGCAUUUAUAUGUGAUGACCGAAAGAAACGUUUCGAAAGUGAAGGUUCAAGAAUGUAGCGUGUACAAAUCGUGCCUGACUUGCUUGGGCGUGAAAGAUCCGUACUGCGGCUGGUGUUCCCUAGAAAAUAAAUGCAGCCUCCGAUCCGACUGUCAGGAGGCGGCGCAGGACCCGCUUUAUUGGAUAUCGUAUCGCAGCGGUCGGUGCACGACCAUCACACAAGUAACACCAAAUCAAUUACAACGAACAACAGCAAGAACGUUAGAUUUAGUCAUUGAAAAUUUACCGACUCUAAAUGCUCAGUUUAUGUGUGCGUUUACAGCGUUAGAUCGUACUCUCGUUAGUAAUGCGACCAGAAAACCGUAUGGUGUUAAUUGUACUACACCGCGUACCGAUACACUACCACCCAUUCCUGCCGGUCAGCAUCAUUUCACGGCUAAACUCUCAGUGCGCACUACCCAAGGUCCAGAUUUCGUCGCUACUAAUUUUACGUUUUUCGAUUGCAAUACGUACGGCUCGUGUACCCAAUGCGUCAGCUCUUCUUUUCCGUGCGACUGGUGCGUAGACGGGCACAGAUGUACUCACGAUACGGCGGAAAAUUGUAGGAACGAUAUACUCGUCACGGGGGUCAGUAGAAUAGGUCCCAGCUAUCGCUCCGGCCCGAGUUUCUGUCCGACAAUAAACUCGACAUCAGACGGCACCAACGAAAUAUUAGUUCCUUCCGGUGUAAAAAAAGCAAUAAAAGUUAAGGUCCACAUAAUCGGUCAAUUCAUUGUACAGACUAGAUUCGUAUGUCAGUUUAAUAUAGAGGGUCGGGUUACCCAUGUCAACGCUCAACUUCUCGCCGACACUAUUUAUUGCGAACACGUCGAGUUCACUUACACCUCCCGCGCUCCUAAUAUAACCGCGUCGUUCGCCGUAAUCUGGGGAGGGUCGAAGCCGCUAGAUAAUCCCGAUAAUACUCAUAUACUCAUUUAUAGAUGUAACGACAUGGCCGACAACUGCGGCAUGUGUCUAGCUCUUCCUGAGAAGUUCGGUUGCGGGUGGUGUCAGGGAUCGGAUCGGUGCGAAGUCCAGGAGCAAUGCGGGGCUCCGAGCGUCUGGCUCAACCGCACGCAGACGUGUCCUAAUCCCGAAAUCCACACGUUUAGACCUCAGCUAGGCCCGUGGGACGGCGGAACGAAUAUAACUAUCGAGGGUAUCAAUUUGGGUCGAAAUAUAUCUGAUAUUUACAACGGGGUCACCAUAGCCGGUAUAAAAUGUCAGCCCAUAAUCGAGUUGUACGUGAAAACGAGGCGCAUAGUCUGUACGGUGGACGGACCCGGGGAGGAGGUGCCCCGGGACGGACCCGUCGUGGUUCGCGUGGCCGACUACCGCGGGGAAUCUAAACAUCACUACGCGUUCGUCAAUCCGAAAAUAAAUUCUAUUCAACCGAAGUACGGACCCCAGUCGGGCGGCACUAAAUUGCGCAUCACGGGCGAGUAUUUAGACGCGGGAAGUAAUAUUCAAGCUUUCAUAGAUGAUUUGCCGUGCGCAAUUUUAUCGGUAUCGCACGAGGAAGCCAUAUGUAGGACCAGUCACUCGUAUCAAUUGAAAAUGGGCACAUUACGAAUGCGUUUCGAUAACGGUAUGCGAACGUUGGAGCGGGAAAAAUUCGAGUAUAUCGAGGAUCCGGUCGUGGUAUCCGUCGAGUCCGGUCCGCCGCUCGCGUCGAAACAACCGAAGGGCAUUCCGUCCGGCGGCAUAAGUAUCAGGGUGAUGGGGCGCAAUUUCCAUUCGAUUCAAUUCCCACAGAUUUACGUCUACCACGACAACAGACCGUACAUAGCGCCCUGCCACCGAGUAGACUAUCAGACUCAGCUCAUAUGCGAGUCUCCGGGGAUAGAGAGCGCCGGCCUAAACAUAGACCCGGAUAAACCGCUAGAAUUAGAGUACGGAUUCAAUAUGGACGACGUCCAGAGCGUGCAAAAUCUUACGACUAAGACCGGCGACGCUUUUCUGCUUUAUCCGGACCCAAUUUACGAGAAGUUCGACGAGGAUGUAAAGUAUUAUAAGUCUGAAUAUUUAACUAUAAACGGUCAAAAUUUGGAUAGAGCGAGCACGGACGUCGACGUAGAGGUGCGCGUCGGUGAAAGUCUGUGUAACAUUACGUCUAUCGCCAGGCAUCAGUUGACAUGUAGGCCCCCGUCUCGCGACGAGCUGCCCGACGGAGUCGACACGCCGGAGGUCGUCGUCAAAGUCGGCCGUGCUCUGACUUAUAAAAUAGGUAAAUUAUCGUAUUCGUCGCAGACCGGCUUGCAGGCGGCUAUAGGAAAGCCAGUAUUAUUCGGUGUCGUAGCUAGUAUCGUAAUACUCAUAUUAGUAUUUGUCAUAUUUUUAGUUAUGUAUAGGAGGAAGUCGACGGAGAAUAUUAGGGUUUUAAAAAAUAUGCAGGAGCAAAUGGAUAUUUUAGAGUUAAGAGUGGCCGCGGAAUGUAAGGAGGCCUUCGCGGAGUUACAGACUGAGAUGACAGAUCUGACGGGUGACGUCACAGGCGGUAUACCGUUCCUCGAUUAUCGUACGUACGCUAUGAAAAUAUUGUUUCCUAAUAUAGACGAUCACGCCGUACUCCAGUGGGAGAGGCCCGAGCUUAUGAGAAAAGAAAAAGGUCUCAGAAUGUUCGGACAGUUAAUUAUGAAUAAAACAUUCCUUUUAUUAUUUAUUCGUACUUUAGAAAGUAAUAGAUAUUUUUCGAUGAGAGAUCGCGUUAACGUAGCUUCCCUAAUUAUGGUCACGCUCCAGAGUAAAAUGGAGUAUUGCACUGACGUUUUAAAGACUCUCCUAGCGGAACUGAUCGAAAAAUGCAUGGAAAGUAAAAGUCAUCCCAAAUUACUGCUCAGGCGCACCGAGAGUGUCGCAGAGAAAAUGUUGAGCGCGUGGUUUACUUUCCUAUUAUAUAAAUUUCUUAGAGAGUGCGCCGGCGAACCGCUCUAUCUUUUGUUUAGGUCGAUGAAAGGUCAGGUAGACAAAGGACCGGUGGACGUUAUCACCUCCGAGGCGCGGUACUCUUUGAGCGAAGAAAAACUCAUUAGGCAGUCGAUUGAUUUCAAACCGAUGACCGUAAGCGUGUCGAUAUCGCAGCAGACGAUCUUCGUUAGUGGCUUAGACGCCACGACGGAGAACGUUCACGUUAAAGUUCUCGACUGCGAUACGAUAAGUCAAGUCAAAGAAAAAUGUUUGGACGCAAUCUAUCGCGCUACGCCGUACUCUCAGCGACCGAGUCGGGACGAAUUAGAUUUGGAAUGGCGUACGGGCGCCUGCGGUCGAUUAAUUUUGUACGACGAAGACACGACGACUAAAUGCGAGGGCGAGUGGCGCAAACUUAACACCCUCAAUCAUUAUCGCGUCCCCGACGGCGCAUGCUUGAGUCUAGUCGCUAAACAGAGCUCGGUUUAUAAUCUGUCGAAUAUGGAGAAAAACGACAAGUCGCACACUUACGAAACGCUCAAUAGAGGCAAAUACGGCUCCGCCAGUCCCCCGGCUAGUCCACUCAAAUACGAGCACGGCUUCAAAUAUUGGCAUCUGGUUAGGCAUCACGACGGGGAUGCGCACAAGGAGGGGGAGCGGGGAAACAAGAUGGUAUCCGAAAUAUAUUUAACGCGCCUGCUAGCCACCAAAGGAACAUUGCAAAAGUUCGUCGACGACUUAUUCGAGACUAUUUUCAGCACCGCGCACCGGGGCUCCGCGCUUCCCCUCGCCAUAAAAUAUAUGUUCGAUUUCCUCGACGAUCAGGCAUUGCAGCACGCGAUCUCCGACCCCGAGGUAGUGCACACGUGGAAGAGCAAUUCGUUACCCUUGCGCUUCUGGGUUAAUCUAAUUAAAAAUCCCAACUUCGUUUUCGACGUUCACAAAUCUAACACCGUCGACUCGUGCCUGUCGGUGAUCGCGCAAACUUUCAUGGACUCGUGCUCCACUUCCGACCACAUUCUGGGCAAAGAUUCGCCCUCGUCGAAGCUCCUAUACGCUAAAGACAUACCGGUGUACAAGGAAUGGGUGGAGCGCUACUACGCGGACAUCAAGCUGAUGCCCGCCAUAUCCGACCAGGACAUGAACGCGAUGCUUGCGGAGGAGUCGCGGCUCCACACGAAGGAGUUCAACACGAACUGCGCGCUCAACGAGCUGUACGCGUACGCGGUCAAGUACAACGAGCAGCUCAUGGUGACGCUCGAGGAGGACGAGUUCUCGCAGAAGCAGCGCCUGGCCUUCCGCCUCGAGCAGGUGCACGGCCUCAUGGCGCACGACUAUAACGUGUAGAGUGUAGCGCGAGGCCGUCCCGCCCCACCGCCCACCGCCCUGUAUAUACUGCCCCCGCACAUAUCUACGCUGGAAACUAUUGUAUAUAUUAGAUAGUGUACAGUCUUUAAUAUUGUAAUUUUUGUAUAAUUUCAGCGGUCCGAUGUCGUUUUUUAAUUUUAUAUAAUGAACUUUGUAUUGAUUUUACACGACGAACCCGGCCGGCCGCGGUCGUGCCACAGUGUGCAUCGUAAACUAAAAAAUUGUGUAUGUAUGUCUAUGUGUGCUCGCGUCGUACGAGUUAAUGUUACGUCGAUCGGUGUAAAAUGUGUGUCGCAAAUGAAAUCGCAUGUGAGCGCGCCGGCGAGCGACGGCUCGCUCGCCGACGGGCGGACUUUUAAAUUUGUACUCGCAAUCUACUUAACGAAAUAACCGACAGUGAACCGGUGAACGAUUCCAUUAAUAAAUAUCGUCGAAUGUA